UGGAGACCGCUCCUCCUCCGGGAGGUAGCCCUCCCCGGCCCCGGCCAUGGCACGGGAGACUGAAAACUACGACCCCAUCGGAACCAUCCUAAUCCAGGUCCAUGAAGACCUUUAUCAGUUAAAGGAGAAAUUAACAAAUUUCCCACUUGAGGAAAAAGGAGAGGCUCUAAACAUUCAGAAUCUUGAAACUGCAAUCAAAAGGACUGAAAUGGGGUUAAGAAUUCACAUUGAGAAGUAUUUAAAUGUUGUAAACCAUCAUGUGUUAACGACUCCUAUUGAUGACGAUAAUUUAUAUUCUUCUCAUGCUUCCAAGUGGUUGCUUCCAGCUGUAAUUGAUCAGAAAUCAUUUAUUUUCCCUCUAGAAUCUGAGGGUAGACUUUGGCAAACCCAAAGACAGCACGGUACAUUUCCACAUGCCUGUCCGAGAAUAAAGCAAAAGAUAGGGUUGAACGUAAAAAUCAUGCAGGAUCCUGAAAACAUCCACCACAGAGCUGCCGUAAAUGCGAACUAUGGAAUCAGUUUGCCAUAUAUUAAUCAGAGAAAAGCCUGUGUGAAGGUUCAGAAGUUAAUAAAAGGGUCUACCAUAUCCAACCUCACAGUUCUACCAGCCUCUCAUCGCACGGAUCCCUACUUCACGCCCAUACCUGUCCUACAAGCAGAUGCCAGGAAAGGUUAG